UGCCUCCCGAAAUGCUGUGCGAGCUUGGCCGCCAUCUUCGCACGCGUACCUGGGAGCUAGGCGGGAGACUAAUUUUGGAGAAAAACGCGCAUUUGACUUGGAACUUUCUGUUCCUUGUGCGCAGGAACAAUGAGCCAGUACAUCAAGGUGGUUGCAGAAGACGGUGAUGAACCUCUAGAAUUGCCGACAGAAGAAGAUGGAACGCUUCUGCUCACUACCCUGUCGGCACAAUUCCCAGGAUCGUGCGGUUUGAAGUAUCGUAACCCAGACACGGGAACUAUGCGAGGUAUUCGACUUUCUGACGGUCGCCUUUAUCCUCCGGAUAACGAUUGGGGAAAACAAGUAUUCUUUUGUGUGUUUCCGAAAGGAGAAGGGAAGCGAGAACCCACUGUGACUGUUGAGCACCCAAUUGUGAAGCCACCAAAGAGCAGUAGUAGACAGAAAUGCAGUGAUCUCAUUGUGCUGGGAUUGCCUUGGAAGAGUACUGAGGAAGAUCUACGUAACUAUUUUUCACAGUUUGGUGAACUUUUGAUGGUGCAGGUGAAAAAGGACCCUAAAACUGGUCAGUCAAAAGGCUUUGGUUUCGUACGCUUUGCAGAGUAUGAGUCACAGUUGAAAUGUAUGUCUCAACGUCAUAUGAUUGAUGGACGCUGGUGUGAUGUGCGAAUUCCCAACUCAAAGGAAGGCGCUCAGCAUAUGAUGAAUCGCAAGGUGUUUGUUGGUCGGUGCACUGAAGACAUGACAGCAGAGGAUCUGCGCCAGUAUUUUGCCAAAUUCGGUGAAGUGGUGGAUGUUUUCAUCCCAAAACCUUUUCGAGCCUUUGCCUUUGUUAGCUUUGCUGAUCCAGAUGUAGCACAGUCUUUGUGUGGUGAGGAUCACAUUAUCAAAGGGGCUUCAGUUCACAUCAGUGGUGCUGCUCCAAAGUCCAAUGAGAAGCAUGGCGGUGGUUAUGGAGGGGGAAUGGGUGGUGGUGGAGGUGGUGGUAUGGGUGGGGAUAGAAGGCUGGGUGGUUCCAAUCACAGCCAUCUGGGAAGUUAUACCCCUAGCUACUCCCAAGGCUCCUGGGGGCAUGUGGCACGGCCUGGUUCCAGCUCUAACCCAGGCAGUUCUUAUGGCAACAAUCUGGGUCUUGGAAAUCUGGGACUUGGGGCUCUUCAGCUUAACCAUGCCAUGCUGGCAGCAGCUCAGGCCGUUCUCAGUGGUCAGGGCGGUUGGGGUCCUCUGGGUCUCACCAACCAAGGAGGGGCAGGAAUGCAGGGUGGUGUUGUGCAAGGUCAUGCACAAGGGGGCGGGGGUGGCACUGGUCAGGUAGGAGGAGCUGGUGGCCCUGGAGGUAGCGGUGCAAGCAACGGAGAUAACCCUGUAGCAAAUACUACUCCAGCCCCAGCGGGCUUUGGGUCUGUAGGCAAUGGGUCUACGGGAGGCUUCCUAGGGUGGGGAGGUACACAAGCCACUGAAACCACCACCCACAGCCCCAGUCAAAUGGCAAGUUGGGGCAGCACCAAAGCCCCCACAGGCUGGAAUUGAUGACUGUGGAAAUAAGUGUGUGCAUUGAGUGGGUGUUUCCACUGAUGUUGGGCUUGCAUGCGCUGUGUGCAGCAGACUGAGACUUUUUGUUAGAGUUAUCUUUUAAAGUGUUCUUGGUCUUAAUUCUUUUUGACAGUUUAUAAACAAAUAUAAACAGCAAAGCUUAGAUCCUUUCAGGAAAUUUGACCAAAAAAUUUGAUUGGGAUUUAGCCAAACUGUAGGGUGCUUUGAAGCUUAAAAAAAAUGCCUUCUGGCAAAAGAAAUGUUAUAAUAGAUUCUCUUGUAAGAGUCAUGAAAAAUAUGUCUACCAAAGUCCUAGCAGAGCAGGAAGCUUAGGGAUCUUGAUCAGGCACUACAUAGCUGCCACACAACCAUGUUGUGCCCACGUGUAUAUGAUUGUGCUGGCACUCUACUUUGCAUGGCUGCAAGGAGAUGUUUGUGUAUUUGAGUGGCUGUCGUACAGUAUGGUGUGGUGUGACUAAAACUAGGCGAUACAUAUGAGCACAACAGGGACAAGUUGUGUUUAGGAAUGAUCUGUGCAGAAAAGAUAAUGAGGUUGAGUGUUGACAGGGGGGAAAGGUAGAAAGAGGGCUGUUUGGAAGAUCAAGUGGGCCUAUUUAAUAUGACCACACAUGUAAGUAAUGGAAAAUCUGAGUGUAUAUCAAGUCAUUAGAUUAAUGCAGGUGUUCAGUUUGCUUAUCCAUCUUUCUCGGGCUAGAAGGUGGGAUUUAUUCAUACUAAUAAUUUUACGUAUCUCAAAAUCUUGAUUUUACUUGUCUUAACUUGGUCUAAGAUCAUUCUUGUAAUUAUUGUUAAAUACAAAUUUCCAGUUCAUUGGCAGUAAUGAGUUUUGCCAGCACUGUUAAUUGCUGUUGUAAUAAAUCAUCCCAGAGAAUUGUCCAUAUUGGUUCAGCAGUGGCCUGUGCAAGAUCUAGACAAUAGUUAUGUAUGCCUCAUUAUUUUGGGAGAGAUCUAUCAUUUUUCUAUAAUCUUUAUGAUGUAGCAGAGGGAAAAAAUGACAGUGUAUUUGCAAGAGGGUUAGUGUGGUCAUAUUAGGUAAUGCCCUAACUGUCUCUGUGAAGAUUGUGAAAUAUUCAUCCUAAGAAAUGAAGUGACAUUGUACAUUCUGAUAUGUGACUCUGGACGCGUGUUCUUUCCAUUUACAAUUGCAAACAAAAAAAAACUUCCCCUUUUCCUGUACAUUCUUGGGCAACAUGUUCAUUUUGUUUGCUCACUGUGCCAUUUGUUUUGUAGAGUGCAUCUACAUCUGAAAAUCCGUUUGGGUCUUUUUCUUACCUUAUUUUCUUUUAAGAACUGACAGUUUAGCAUGUGGGUCAGAUAAGCAGGUUUUAAAUCUCAUUAGCUCUCUACAUACUUUGUGAAAAAUCUGUACUUUUUGUAAUUGUUUCUUUUUUUUUAAUGAUUCUUUUAAAAAAAUUUCAACAUAUAAUUUUUGCUAUUGUAGGGUGUGGUGUAAGAGGUGAACAUUUGGGGUAGGUGUUUAAGGUCAAAGUAUGUCCAUGAAAUAAAUUGGUGUGCUUGCUUUAGGAAUUGUAUAGAAAUGUGCAUAAUUGAAUUAACAGGGGAGUUUAAUGGAAAGAAAGUAAAAGAAGACAGCAUGAACUGCAUUAAAUGACUAUUAGAUGCAAGCCAAUGUUCACAGAAAUGAAUUUCAAGAAAUUUUGCAACAAUUUGGAGCAACUAAGUGAUGGAUGGAAAUUGAUACCUGUAUGUUAGUUAACCAGUGAGCUGUGCGUGUUGGUCAUGGACAGAUCCAGGGCGGAAAGAAAUGCCUGUACAUCUAUGUUGUGUAGAGUAGCUGAGUUAAUAAAAUUGUGUGGUAUUUAAAGGGCAGCAGCUAUUUCAUUGUCAACGUCUUUGGAGCUAGGGUGUGUGAUGGCAUGAUGCUCUGGCUUCUUUUGAUUAGGAUGCCAAGGUUUGUUGCGCUGUGGACAAGUCAGGAAAAUGAGAGCAUGUUUGGGGAAAAUUUUACCAUAAACCAAAAGGAAAACAAUGUUUGGCUGACCAAGUGUUAAAAUGCUACUGUUUUAAGUUGUUGGUGUUCCCAUUGUAUCUAUUGGAUGGGGAAAUGUUUGUAUGCUUUCUUCAGACUCUUGUGUUAGCAUGUUGAAUUUUCUUCCUGUAGAUAAAGUGAUUUUUUUAAAUGAGUUCAGUUUGAAGAUGUAAAAACAGAAAUGGAAAGAAACGGAUUUUAAUUUCUUUUGAGUGAAUUGCCUGUUUUUGUAGUUUUCAUUUUUGCAUUGAAUCUUUGGCUAGUGAGUGUGUCUGUUUGCUGUGGAGGUAUCAUUGCUAUUGUGUGAAGGGGACAAUAUUUUGCUGAACAGGUGUUUUCCUAUUUCAGAGUAAAAGAUGUUUGGUAAUUUUUGCCUGGGGUAUUGUCAGACUUCUUUUGAAACAAGUUGGAAAUAAGAACACAUAUGCUCAAGUUUGUGAAAGCGUUGUGUUUCAUCAUUCACUUCCCAUGCGUAUGCUGACUUUACAGCAAAUUGGUUGAAAUAAUGCAAGUCUGAAAGUGCUUGCAUUUUUAAUACAAUGAUUUACUAAAUUUAUUUUUAGUUGUCUCCCCUGGAAGCAGUGAAGAGUUCUUAGAAUAAAAAAGUAGAUAUUUUUUACAGUGCAGAAAGAGCAUUUCACAAAUUGGUCGUACUUGAGGAAUAUGCCUACUUCAAAACCCUUAUUUUAGCUCAGUAUGCUUUUUGGAAUAGUGGGCAGGCCGUAGGCUAAAUUCUUAACACAGCAGGACCCUUCAUGUUCUUUCUGAAUACACAAAUAAGAUUUACAUUUAACAUACCAUCAUCUUUAAGAAUGGAAACUUGAUGCAGGCUGCAGUGAUCUUUUGCUGUGUCCUGUUUGCUAUUCCCUCCUUCAUGUUGAUGAUAAUUUUUAAAAUUCUUAAUGCAAGUGGGAAAAUUAUUUUUGGAAUGAAUUAAACAUAUUUACAUUUUGUAUGUUUGUGGUGGUUUUCGCUUGAAGCACACAUAAUGAAUAGAGCGUCAUUUGUAAUGCUGAAUGCAUGGCUGAAAAGGGUGUAGGCUAGGGGAUUUUAAAAAAAUUUUAAAUGUGACUAAAUUAUUCUGUGAAGAGGUAUGACUUUGUGAAUGGGAGUGUUUGAAAUUUUAAAGUUGAGACGUUCUUGGCUCGCAUCAAGCCUGUAGUCUGGCUGCUACAUCAGUGCAUAAUAAGAAUGUCACUACAUGAGGGAGGGUAGUUUCUUUUACCCUACUUCAUCUCUUUAAGCCAACCCAUGCUUUGCUGUGCAUGAUAAAUGGAAUUUUGUCUUGCUGAUGAAAAAACAUUGGCUGUACCAUCAGGUUACCAAACUUUACCACAAAAUUAUAUGUAGUCUUUGGAGGUGUGGUCAUGAUGUUUCUGAUACAGUAAUGAUUAUGUGGAGUUUAAAAAAAAAAAAAAAAGUCAUCAAGAAAAGUGUGCAGGUCUUCAGCUUCAAAUAUUCAGUUUGUUAGCUUUGCAUUAUGGCAUAUGCAGGUAUUUGCCAAUUUCUCAGUACUUUAUAGCUUUCGUCUUUUACAGUGCUAUGCACUAUGACAGUAAUAUUGACAUGUUUAAUUUCACACUUGCUGUGAUUUUUCCUGUGAUUCUUCAGCUAAGUUAUGAGUUUCACUGCUGUAGUUUUAUACUCCCCCUCUCCUUUUCUUGUCCAGGCAUCAACCCACUUUCACACUAUUCUAAAAUAUGGUUUUGAACAAUUAAAAUUAGAUGUGAUGGUAAACAGUAGGUUUAGACUAUGGGCUAUGAUAAUCAGAAAUGUAAAGAGCUGGUGAAAAAUGUUUGGUAUUGACCAGAAAAGGUAGGCUGUAAAUAAGAGUCACUCUUUCAAAUAUUUGGUGACUGGUUGCUUCCAAGCUUUUUCUUUUUUUUUUUUUUUUAAAGCUUCAACAAAGAAAAACAAGAAAUCUUAUUGUCCUGCUGUGUGUACUUUUAAAAAAAGCAUUUGUGGGAUUCAUCUAGGUUUAAAAAAAAGUGUACCAGUUUUAUAGUGAUAGCUUAUUUCAGCAGCUAAAUUCAGUAGGAACUUUCCUCUUUUUAAUUUUUGUUUUCCUUAAAAUCCAAGUUGCACCUGUAUAUAAAGUUGCAUUUAACAGAUGAUAAUUGGCACUUCUUUAUGUAUGUUGUAAAAACAAAAAUGUGAGAGGGGGAGAGAGAGAAAGAUGAAUCAUUUUAACCAGGAAGACCAUAUAUUGAAAAAGUCGAAUCAAAGUUGUUUCCUGCAAAGGGGGCUAAGACAAGAGUCAGUCUUCCAACAUUUUCAAAUUGCAUUGGUGUUAAAUGUAGAUAACAGUGCUUGUACUGACUUUCACUUAAUUAUUGACCAGGCAGAGCUGCUUCAAAAUGAAAACAAAGAAUAUGCUGCUUUAACACUGCCUUAUUUGCAUGAAAAAUUGAUCCAAAAUUUUCAAAAGCAUUCACAAAUAAUGACAGGAUUCUUGUUAAAAUGAUGAAAAAACAUAACAUGAUUUUAAAGGUGUGGUUACGUGGUUUUAAAAAAAGCAUUGUGGCAUAUCCCACAUUUAGUAUUCAAAGAGUGAGACCAGCUUUGAGAAGGUAUCUUUAAAUGUUGGAGUCUUUGUGAAAGCCUAAUUCAUGGAUGGCGAUUUAAAAAAAAUGCACUGUCUCCCCUCCCCAUGUUUAUAGCAUCUUGUACAGAGAUGAGUAUUUUUUUUAAUUUGUUUCAGGGUAGGGUGUAAACUAUUCAGUCUUAAGGAAGGGUUAAUAGAGUUUUUUAGAUGAUAACAUCUAUUGCAGAUUUUUUUUUUUUUUGUCUGCCAUAUUGGUGUUGUUUCUGCCUUAAUUCCCUAUAUAUAACAAUAUAUUUCUCUUCACCCCUACAACUGUUACCAAGAUUGAACAUGUUUGAUGCAUCACAAUAUCAUGAUUUGGCCCUGUUUUGGUGAUAACAAAAUUUCGAAACUUUUUAACAUUUUGUCUUGUCUCGUAUUCGGAGAAAACUGUAGUAUAGAGAUGUUCAUGAUAAACUAAGAAAUACGAGCUUGUUGCUAAAUAGAAACCCCAUUGCAGUUAGUCUGGGAUUUCCUGCUAGUGUGCUCUUUGGCUUUCUCCUUAAACUUUGGCUACCAUACUUCCACGUCCCGCAGUUGUCUACAUAUUAUGCAUAUUGCAGCAUGCAUCAGUGAUAAAGUUUUCGAAAUCUAAAUUAAAACAUUCAUUUGUACACUUUUCUCAGCCUAGUUUACCUCCUUUGUGUAGUGGUCACUCAAAAUAGUUUCCUUUUGUAUUCUAGCACACACAGGUCUUGUGCCCCAGCCAGUUGUUCCAUUAUUUAUUGUGUGCAUGUACAUAUAUUCUAUAUAUAACAUAGCACGUUUUGUGUUUAUGCAUCAUCUUUUAAAGCCUGAGCAAGAUAUGCAUUGACGUGAUUUGUGGUUGACUUAGUGUGGUUUGUCCCAACUUUUUUUCAUGUUUUCUUGUAUAGGUUCUCCUGUUAUGGAGCUGGGAUGACUGCUGAUUGAAGAAACUUGAAAAUAUGUUUGGCACCAGGAUGAGACAUUUGACUAGUGUUUUGUGAAAUAUUUGGGAUAACCAAAAAAUAAUGUUUAUUCUCUUUGCAGAGGGGCAUCUUGAAUAUUUCUUACUGAGCGGGAACAUGACAUUAGUCAUAGCAUACAUUAAAACUUGCUUAGAAGCAUUUAAAAGAGAACUAAGACUUGUAUCCCUCGAGCAGUGACCACAAUGAUUAUGUUAAAAUUAAAGAUCUAAUUGAUGAGGACAGGCUUAAAUGGGGAUAAUAAAGACAUUGUUGAGAGGACAAAGCUGUACCACAUGUGAUAUUAAAAUUAGUUGCUGGUUCACUGAAUUUUUAUGCUGGACUGUCCUUGUAUUCAGAUUCUUUUACAAAAGCAGUCAUCUUAGCUCCAGACCUGUGUACAUAUUUGCUAGUGCAUUCUACUUGAAACAAGGAUUCCACCAACUGACUGUAUGGCAGUUUGCUGUAAGCUUCUUAACAUUUACCUCCCCUCAGUUGUCUUUCUGCUCCCUUCCCUUUAAAAAAAAAAAAGUAAAUGUUUGGGCAACACAUGUAUUUUUUCUGUGUAAUGAGGGACCUGAACAGCCAUGAAUUGUUGUCAGCAUUAAAAUUUUCAUUUUGAAUUGUGUUAGCCAAGUACAGAUGAUGGGGAAAGCCUUAAAAAGUGUAUGAAAUAAGAAGCAGUUUAAAUGCAUGGGACCUGUGGUUAAUCAUGUCAAGAAAGAGUGAGACAGAGGGCUGAGCACUAAAUUCUAUGAGCACAGUAAUUGCCCAAUUGUGUAACUAGAUUGUUUAUCUUUGAUAGUCUGUACCGUCUAGUAAGUAUGCAGAGAGGCAGCAUUUAGUGUUCAGGACCUUUGAUAAAGGGCAACAUUCUUCUAAAGACCCAGGGUUUGCAUGUAUGGCUUGGCUCUGAAUGGCUCCCGCAGAUAGAUCUGAAGUUUGAAUGGUCGGCACAUGGGGAUAAGAAGUAUUUCCUUGUAACAAACAUUUUCAGAAACCUGUAAAACAUGCUUCAGUUUAAUGUGUGCUUUUCAUGAUGAAGCGAAUGCCAAAUUCAUAUUGACACCUGCACAUAUUCAAGUAUUGUUGUGGCAAAAAAAAAAAAAAAAGUGUGUGCCUGAAGGAUGAAGCUUGCAUCGUUCAUGCUAUUGCUCGUAAAUGGUAGGUGAUGGUUACCUGAGUAAAUCUGCUUUCCUAGCUGCUGAUGGGGAUGUCUGAAUUUGUAAAUUUUAUUUUUAUCUCAUUUUCUGAGUACUGAAUUGAAGAGCAAAUUUUUUAAAUGGAUAAAUGAAUAAAGUGAAAAGAUGUUUCAACUAUUUUUUUGAAUAUAAAUACCUCAAGAAAACUGACUUUGCCCAAAGCCUUGUCCAUUGAGUAGUGUGAAUCUAAGUUUGCUUUGUCCCUAAUACAUCCACUCAUCUUCUGUUUGUGCAGAAGAGGAUGAGGAAAAUGUCCACAUUCUGUAUUGUAUUUUUUUUUUCUAUAUCCUUCUUUCCCCUUACCAAGCAAAACAGCAAAUGUUUCCACACCAGUUGGGAUGGUUUUGAGCACAAGUGCUUUGUUGUAUUAAAGAUUUCAUUUAAUUUUUUUAUUAUUUUUUUGUAUCUGUAGAUGCUGUGUACAUGGGUAUUCUAGGCUUCUGCAAUCUGGUCCCAGUGGUUUCUAGAGCAACAAGGGUCAUUUGAAAUUGAAAACAUGAGUUUUUAUUUCACAUGUCAUUAUUUCUAGAGCAUCAGAAGUGAUAUUUUGAAACGUUUGUUUGGAAAAACAUACCAGUGUUGAAAUGGUUAACGUAUUUUUCUUUACGUUUUACAGUUCCCCCCAACCCCCUGCACUGAUGGCUUAAAAAAAAAAAAACGUAGCAUGAAUUCAGAAUUAUGUGUGGAGCUGUUAUUUGUGUGCAUGACAAAAAUGACAUUUCACAAGUAAAAUUGCCAUUGAAGUCAUAUUGCAAAAGUAAAUUUGUUUUUAAAAGUAA